CGGUAGUAGGGGCCAAAGAACUGUGGUAGCGCCGACAAGAUGGCGCUCCAAUGGCAGGAGUACGGGAAGCUCGCUGAAAAGUACGUCCAGGAGCUGCUGGGGCAAGCUUACCAUUUCAGAAAGCAAGCCGUCGCAUACAGCCAGGAGAAUUACCACGUUGGCCGGGCCCUUGCCCAGCGCAGAUUGCAGGAACUUGCGCAGGCGCCACCGAUUGCCGACCUUGCGAAGCAACUAGACGCGAGGGCUGAGACGCUGGUCGUUGCGGCGCUCGCCGCUCUCCUUCUCGUGGUGCUGGUCCCGCUGCUUUUGUUGCUGAGGUCAGCGAAGAAGUCCAAGGGGGAUACUAUUAUACUGGCGGGCCUGACGGGGGCAGGCAAGACUGCGCUGUUCACGCAGUUGCGGGAUGGCUCCCUGCACAGUGGGACGGUCACAUCGAUGGAGCCGAAUGUGGGGCGAUUUGUGCUGUAUGGGGAGAAGCCGACGAGCAAGCCGGUCCAGAUAGCGGACAUUCCGGGCCACCCGAGGUUGCGAACGAAGCUUGACGAGUACCUGCCGAAAGCGCGCGGGAUCGUGUUUGUCGUCGACGCCGUUGACUUUAUGCCAAACCUGCGCGCCGUGACGGAGCUGCUGUACGACAUUCUGACGCGAAGGGAGGUUGUCCGGCGGCGGAUUCCCGUUCUGAUUGCGUGCAAUAAAAUGGACCGUCUCACAGCGCACACGGUGGACUUCAUCAGGAAGCAGCUCGAAAAGGAGAUUGACAAGCUCCGGGUGACUCGGACGUCAAUUUCGGACGCAGACGUGGGGAGUGCGGAGGAGAUCCAUCUAGGCAAGGAGGGAGAAGCCUUCAAGUUCGCCCAAACCUUGAACAAGGUUACUGUGGAAGAAGUGUCGGUCCACAAAGACAAUCUGGACGGCAUCCGAGAGUUCAUUCGGGAGAGGAUUAAGGCCUGACACAGAAAUAAAGGUCAUCAAGGGCUAUGUGCGACCUCGAAGGUGUUCUGCCCGUUUUGCGAGCACAUGUUGGGUCGAGCAGCGCGAGAAUCAUGUUGGAUACAGGCAUUCGUUUUGGUCUCGUUUGUGUCUCGAUGAUCACGUGGGCAAAGCCACGAGAGAGUGUGUCGGAUGAAUUUUAGAUUUGCGAGCGGUCUUGCUUAUGAGACUCAUCCCAAAGCCAGUGCUUUCAACAGGACACAUGUUUGCUUGUCAACAUGGCAAGAAAAUGCUUUCUUGUGGUGCUUCAUUGCACGAGUACUUUCUUGUCUGUUAGACCUUGAUGGAAC